AACGGUCAUACCAGACUUUCUCUUCACACCAACAUCCACGCCCAACGAUCUUCCUCUUCCGCUGGAAAUUUGGCUCGACCGCAGCGCUUGCAUGAUCCGGUCAAUAGGUAGAAAUGGCGCAGUUGAGAGGUCUCUCGCGACGCAACGUCGUGGUUCUCUCUUUGUACACAGGCAAUUUCGCGGGCAUGUCGUUGGCUAUGAUGUCUCCCUGACCACAGGCAUCUACUCACCCGGCGCGCUUACCCACCCUCAUUUCGCUCGCCUGCUUUCGUCAUCUACCCAGCCGCCUAUUGUCCAGAAAUCUCCUCCCGCUACGCCAUCGCAGCCUGCCUCGCUUUUACCUACGUCACGGAAACCAAAGGUCGAGCUCAGGCCCGGUCCCAUCAAGCCUGCAGCGAAAUCCAGCACACGCUCGGAUUUGAAUACGCCCUCGGUCUCCUCGAAGUUGCCGACUUCCUCAACUCAACAGUCCACCACUUCUUCGACACCUGCCCCUUCGACCUCGUCGUCGAUUCUUGAGACGACACGGCAAGACUUGAUUCAUGCGCACACACAUGGCAUUAUCCCCCCACCGCCGCCAGAUGCAGGCCGCGUCCAGAGGAUGUGGCACCAGCUGAAGGAGAUAUUUAAAUUUUAUGUGCGAGGGAUGAAGAUGGUCAACACACACCGCGUACAGGCGAACGAGAUGCGCCAGCGAGUUAAAUCGGGUGGUCCACCUCUGUCGCGCUGGGAAUCGCGCUUCGUGGCCACGUCUCAGACAGAUCUUCUUAAACUUGUACCCUUCGUCCUGAUCGUCUUGAUUGCUGAGGAGGUUAUACCCCUUAUCGUCUUAUACGUACCCUCCAUGCUCCCAUCAACGUGCAUCAUGCCUUCGCAGCGCGAACGUAUCGAGAACAAGCGGCGGGACAAGCAGCGCGUAUUCGUGGAGACCAUGCAGGAUGAGUUGGCGAUGAUAAGCAAGGUCAGCCCGAUACACGUAGCCCUGUCGUCUGUCACAGGGAGUACCCCUCUACUUGCGCUGUGUGGUGUGUUUUCCUUGUCGACAAUGGGACCACCGUUUAUGCGCCGGCGGCGGUUGCAACGACAUCUUCGGGCUAUCGCCGCUGACGAUGCCCUCCUCAAACAGGAGGGUAUGGGCGAUCGGUUGACCCAUCCAGAACUUCUUGAAGCUCUCGAGCAGCGCGGAAUUGUCACUGCCGGUGCCAAGCUGCCCGCCUUGAAGUCGAGUCUGCGGUGGUGGUUAGAAAACGUUGACAAGAAUGACGAGGGAGAUUCCAUCGGCCGGCGCAUCGCACUCGCCGCAAGGAGUGCUGGUGUGAGCAGCAAAGCAUGAUUCAUGCUUGCUCUGCGUUUCAUUUGUAGGGUCGCUUGAUUGUAGCGGGCGUAAAGUCGACAGAUAUAGAUCAUACAUGACAGUUAUUAUUUAAUGUAUAUUGCACGCUCACAUUACUCAUCUCUAUCGUCCGGACUGUCUUGAGAAC